AUGGCGAUACUCACUGACGAUGCCGACUACGAUGCCGGCGAAACGUUUGGAAAUGUACCACGUCCACGGCUCAACUUUGGAAAUGAUAAUGCAGACAAUGGACCCCGAACUAGGUGCGUUUCAAUAAUUUUUCCUACCAAUAUGACCAUGUUGCGAAAACAAGGUCAAACAACCUCUAUGAAAAAAGUAAGCUCAUCCGAAACGAGGGAGCAUGCCUCGCUGACUGCGUCAUCCUAA